UAUAUAUAAAAAGAAUCAACCAUUCUAAUUUCAGUAAAAAAUAAAAAUAAAAAAAAUAAUUCAACCUGAUUUGAACUUUGCGUAUUAUUACUUCCGGGAAGCAAUUGAGAGGAACACGCUGCGCAAAUAUGGAUCGUUUUUUGCAACCAAAAGUUCCACGGAUGGAAUUUGAGAAGGAUGCAUUUUUGGAAGCAGAGUCCGACCAACAAAGAAAUAUUAAUCUGGAUGAAGAAGAUAAACUGUGCAGUUAUCCUUCCACUGCUGCUGAGAAUGCUAACAGUGUUAGCACUGGACAGCUAGAAGAUCUAAGCAGAAGUCCUCAAGAUGGACCAAGACGACCACAAACGAGUGGAUCAAAACUCCCCAACAUGCUCGACAAAGGACAUUCUGCAUUGGUUCAGGAGAACCGGAGGUACAUGAUGGGUGUUGUAGAAAGUUUGCGCUACACAGCUUGUCAGGGAAUCGCACAGCGCAGUCACAGUGAGAAACAGGAUUCAGCUAACAAAGGUAAUUUUCGUGAGAUGCUUGAUGUGAUUGGAAAAUUUGAUCCCAAUGUCCAAAAAAAACUGACAAUUAAUCCAUCUAAUGCUAAGUAUGUUCAUCAUGACAUACAGAACGAAAUAUUUAAUGUUAUGGCUGAAAUGAUAAGAAAACAAAUCAGCAAUGAAGUGAAAGAAGCUCAACACUUUGCUAUUUUGGUGGAUGAAAGUAAAGAUAUCAGCAAAAAAGAACAAAUAUCUGUUAUUGUUCGUUAUUUGCAGCCAGAUUCAGAGAAGGUGGUGGAAGAAUUUUUGCAUUUCACCCCAGCAGAAGGAUUAGAUGCAGACUCACUUUUUGACUGUAUCAAAAUGACCCUCAGUCGUUGUAAUAUUGAUAUAAAUUGCUGUGUCGGACAGUGCUAUGACGGUGCUGCUGUUAUGUCCGGGUGCAACAAUGGAGUUCAAGAAAAGUUGAGAAAAGAGGUGCCGCAAGCUGUGUACAUUCACUGCCAUGCUCACAGGCUGAAUCUUGUGUUAGUAGACUGUGUACAUAAUGUUGAUGCUGCAGCCGAUUUUUUUGAGAUAUUGCAAAUGCUUUACAAGUUUUUUUCUGGGUCUGUUGUUCAUGAUCUUUUUUUGAAGAAGCAGGAAGAACUUGUGUCAGCUGUACAGCGCCUAGAACUUAAAAGACUCAGUGACACCCGCUGGGCGUGCCAGUAUGAUUCCAUACGUGCUGUCAAAAAAACUCUCCCAGCUGUUAUAGCUACGCUGCACGAUGUUGUUGACCAGAAAAAUGCUAAAAGGAGGACGGAGGCUAAAGCUCUCAGUGCACUUAUAGAUAAGAAGUUUGUUCUGCAUCUUGUAAUUUUUGAGGAUAUUUUCAGAACAACAAAAUUCAUGUCUGAUCAGCUACAGUCUCCUAAUUUAGAUCUAGUAGCAGCAAAUGAUCUGGCUCAUUCUGAGGAGAGCAUCAGGCAGUUCUUGGAGGAGGGCACAGCCUUAGACCCAAGAUUCAAGACAAAAGUGGCCGAUGAAGUGUGGACCAGACUAGAAGAGGAGCUGAUUAGUAGGACGUCACAGCAGAAGAAGCCAAAGCGCUCUGGCAUUGAAGAGCUAUUUGCUGAAGAGGACAUGGCAAUUGAAACAAGAGAAGAAAACACUUUUAGCACCACAGAGAAGAUUCAGGAGGAGAUAAAGCAGUACAGAAUCUGCCAACAACCCGAAGCUCUGUGA